AGUAAUGUUGACACCAAGGAACUGUGCGACUACUUUGCCAACCACAUGGGGGAUUAUGAAGGAGUGCUGGCCUCCUUAGAGACACUCAACCUGGCCAUUCUCAAAGCCAUGGACUUCACCAAGAAGGUGUAUGAACGUGGAACUAAUGUUGAGCAGUUUGUUACCCGCUUCCUCUUGAAGGAAUCAGCCAAUCAGAUCCAGUCUCUGCUGAGCUCUGUAGAAAGUGCUGUCGAUGCCAUUGAUGAGCAGCAUUCUUCAGUGGGAUCUUACCCCAGUAAGACCAGCCCACGCGUCCCAGAUCGACGCUAUGAGGCACCGGUGCCAGAUUAUCCUCCCAACAACAGAGUCAGUGCAAAGGAGAGCAUGAGGAACAUCAACACAGGUGCAGGGGCUGUGGAGGUGAGAAAAGAAGGACUUGAGGCACAGAUCAAUCGACUGGCUGAGCUGAUUGGACGUCUAGAGAACAAGACAGUUUGGUUUGACCUACAUCAGCGACUAACAGACACUGAUGGCACAACUAGCGCAUCCCUGUACCUGAUCCGCCAGGAGAUGAAAGUUUCCCAGAAGCAGUUGGGUGAUUUCUGUGAGGCCCUGAAACAAUACCUGAAGAAUGUGUCUGCUCAGAGAGACUGUUUCCAUGUGACGGCUGUCAGGCUGCCUGAUGGCCUUUCCUUUGUGGUGUAUGAGUUCUGGGAUGGAGAGGAGGAGUGGAAGAGGCAUCUUCUGACUGCAGCCUGCAAGGCGUUCCAGCAUGUGAAAGUGGAUACUCUGUGUCAGCCUGAGGCGGUGUCCACUGUCGCUGUGCCCGCCGCCUGGUGCAGCCUGAACAGGGACUGAGAAGUGUGCCAGUCUGCGGGUGGGACGUCCCACUUAUUGCCUGAAACCCCUCUCUUCUCUCUAUCUUUCUGUCACAGUCUCUGCUUUCUUACCUCCUCUUUCUCUCUGCUCCCCCACUCCGUCUCCUCUUUUGUAAUUACUUGUUUACACAGUAUCCAUUUGAUAUUGAGCCAAAAGUAGUGUCUCCAGACACAGUUCCCUCUUCACAUCCACUGCAACAUACAGAAACCCACAUCAAAACUCCCACCGCAUUCGGGAAGCUCACUUUUGCACCUAAAACAUCACCUUACAUGAACAGUCUCUACUAACCAAAAGAGGCCGAUUAAUAUUUCAUCCCAAUUCAAGCACGCAUCCGCUGCUUUGCAGACAGUUCCCUGCGGUACAACUUCUGAGAAGACAAAAACUGUGCAGCAAAGUAUUUCUAAAGCUGUCCAUGGACACUAGCAUUUCUGUAAAGGCUGUUUAAUACUAGGUAUAGGUUGGUCUAUUAAGUACUUUGGACUGUAUCUUCAUGAAUUGUUUGUGUAACGCACUGAGCCAUGUAGAAAGACUGGUGCUUCUGUCAAAACCGUGAGCAUGACCAAUACUGCCAGUCAAGGGGCCUACAUUUACAACACAUCCAAAUCAACAUCCGCUCCAAAAAGCACAAUGUUCCUGAACGAGAAAUGAAAUGCU